UCCCUGCGCUGGCGCUUAAUCCCGGUGGGGACGAUGACUGCGCCGCCAGAGCGUUGACGUCGCGACAAAAAGGAUGAGGCUGCGCCCACGGGCGGCAGGCAGCUUUUGUGUUCCUUUCCAUGACUUGACCUUGCUGCAGCUGGUUUGCAUUGCUGCGCAUCAUCUGUGCUUCCUUCCCUUUCCUGUUCAUGUCCAUUCCAUCGUUGCUGCUGCUUCCGCCCUUCUUUCGUCCGCGUACCGCCUCAUCCCUUCAUAGCCUGUCAUCCCAAUGAUUGUGCGGUAUGCCGCCUGCGUUAUAUCAUUGAGCCUGCUCGCCCUCUUUCCGCGCCGGGGCGCAGGCCAGCAGAAUGGAGCCACCUCCGCCUCAACGUUCAUGCGACGAGCUUACCACUCUUCUCUGGUCGCCGGAAAAUACGUUUACAUCGACGGCGGCGAGUUUUCCACCAAGGCCUACGACGUCGACUUCUCCUUCUCUUCAACUCUGCUCUCCAUCGACUUGUCGCAGGACUGGACCAACGACACUGUGACCCUUCACUCCACCACCAAGCCUUCUGAUGUCCCCUCGCUCGUUGGCGGCGGCCUCUGGUACGAUGAUGACAAGGACCUACUGUAUACCGGGUUUGCAGGGCGCGUCUCGAUCUUCGAUACCUCGCAGUGGACCGAUAUGGAACCAUAUCCCAUGGGCAUCUGGACCUUCAAACCCGACGGCACCGGCAGCGGCACCUGGGGCACCGCAAUUGAAUCCAAUGCCUCGGUUUUCGACAACGAUACAGACAGCUAUAUCACUCGUCCGUACAUCGCUGCAGUUGCGCACGGCGCAGGCGCUGGUUACGUCCUUGGUGGAGCCAAAACAUACCAGACGGCGCCCGGUGCAGUUGAUGGCGAACAGAUCGUUCCCCUCAGCGGCAUGUUAAAAUUUAAUAUGAGCACUCAGACGCUCACGAACGUAACCGUCGACGGGCCGCGUUUUCAUGGCGUCUCGCAGUACGCAUCGAUGUUAUAUGUGCCAUAUUUUGGCUCAGAGGGGGUCUUCGUCGUGCUGGGAGGUAACCAGCUCAAUGAAACGGGUUCUGACCGUUUGCUCGACUGGGGAGUGGUGUCGGUUUUUGAUCCUGUUUCUGGGAAAUGGUGGGAUCAGGAGACGACUGGCAACAGACCCGAAAAUCGCAAAGAAUUCUGUUCAACAGGAUUACCUUCGGAUAACGGGACUUACGAAAUCUUCGUCUACGCCGGCUGGAGCGGUUCCCUCGGCACGGGAAGUAACCAGUAUGAUGAGAUUUUCAUCUUGACAUUGCCAGCAUUCCACUGGAUUAAGGUCGAUUACAAUCCGUAUAGAACGAGGCAUGGAUUAACGUGCCAUCAUGUUGGUGGCGGCCAGAUAUUGGUAAUUGGCGGACUUGAUACCCAAAGUAAUGAUUCGGGCGCGACCAUCUACGAGACACCGUUCAGGGGAAAGGAUAAUUUUACCCAAGGGCUGGCGGUAUACGACCUGAAUACCUUGCAGUGGCAAGAUAAGUACAAGGCGGAACCUCCUGCAUACACGCAACCGGAUAUGGUACGGAAUUACUACAAACGGAGUGACGACGUCAACGCCGAAUUUAAUUCCACAGACCUAAAGUCCGUUUUCAGCAAGACAAGCUUCCCUACCACCACCAACAACACCUCACGUAUCUCGUCUGCCAGCGCAUCCAGCACCGCAACCGAUGUACCACAGACACUGGGCCCCGGCGCUCUGGCCGGCACCAUCGUCGGCGCCAUCGCGCUCAUGACGCUCUUCUUGGCCGCACUGAUAUCGUAUUGCUGCAUCAAACGCCGCCGCCAGCGCCAAAUCUCUGCACUGGACGAGCAAGCGCACACGCUGGCGCACAGCCCCUCGAUAGGCGCGACAGUAACGCCGCCGGAGAUGGACCCCACGUCUGUUGGAGAGCUGCACGCCCCGCAGUGGCGGUUUGAGAUGGCCGGGAUGCCGCCGCAUCACCAGGCGCAUGAAAAAGAUGGCCAAUCGGGUCUUGUGGAAAUGCCCGCGAAUGAGGCGGCGUAUUAUGAGCUGCCUGCGGAUAGUAUUGCAGCGGUGGGGGAGCAACAACAACGUCCGGAGGCGGCGAAGCGGAAUCCGGGACCGCGGGGGAGCUAUGGGUGAAGUAACGCGCGGCUGGACGCUGUGUGCUUGAUUUUGUUGUAGCUAUGUAUGUGGACUGACAUUGGCGUUUGGGUAAGCGGGAGGCCUUUUGGUAUGCAUCUAUGAGCGGGUUAUGUGGGGAAGUAAAGAGAAGGCUCUUUGACGCAUUUUUGAUCUUCUUCUUAGAGAUCUCAAGGGCAACUUCAACUGCCACCUUAUAAGGGCUCUUGUUAUUUGUAAAAGUAGGUGGCGAUAAUGGUCCUGUGGCCUACUAUGCUUAACCGUAUAUUAUUCAACGAAGAAUUCUCUGUCUCCAU